GCCGGGCCGCUGGCGGCCGUGCCCCGCCUGCCCUCCGGGCGCCAUGGCGGCGGGGGAGGCGGCGGCGGCCCAGCAGCAAGUUGAUGAAAUUGAAGCCCUUUCGUCCAUCUAUGGUGAAGAUUGGUGUGUUGUUGAUGAAGAUGAAAAAAUCUAUUGCAUUACAAUUAGCGAUUGUUUGGAUCAGCCAAAAUGGACCCUCUGUCUGCAGGUGAUUUUGCCACCAGGAUAUCCAACUGCAGAGCCACCUAUUUAUCAACUAAAUGCCCCUUGGCUUCAAGGACAAGAUUACACGGAACUAGCAAAUAGUUUGGAAGAAAUAUAUGUACAGAACCUUGGUGAAUGUAUACUUUAUUUAUGGGUGGAGAAGAUACGAGAAGUUCUGAUAGAAAAAGCGCAGACGUCAGAUCCAGAUCCAGAUACUAAGAAAACCAGUGAAGAAGUUGAUGAUGAUGAUGAAGAAGAUGGUUUUCUCCUAGACUGUCAACCUGUUCAGGAAAAUCCAAUUAAAAUGUUAAAUUAUGUUAUGCCUGAAAGUCAAGAAGAUGAAGAACUGCCACCCAUACAUCAUGGAAAUCCAAUCACAGAUCGAAGGAGUACUUUCCAGGCACAUCUGGCUCCUGUCGUGACACCCAGACAAGUUAAGAGAGUUCUUGAAAAAUUAUAUGAGAAUAAGAAAAUUGCAAGUGCUACCCACAACAUAUAUGCAUACAGAAUAUACUGUGAAGAUAAGCAGACAUUCUUACAGGAUUGUGAAGAUGAUGGGGAAACAGCAGCAGGUGGACGUCUUCUUCAUCUUAUGCAGGUAGUAAGUUGGGAUGUCCAGGUCUCGGAUCACAGACUUGGAAAAAUUUUGAAUGUCCACAAUGUGUUAGUUGUUGUAUCCCGCUGGUAUGGAGGCAUUCUUCUAGGACCAGAUCGUUUUAAACAUAUAAACAAUUGUGCAAGAAAUGUACUUGUGGAAUACCACUAUGUACAUUCAGUGGAUGAGUCAUCUAAACAAGCAGGAAAGAGCAAAAAGAUAAGGAAGGACAACAAGAAGAGAACAUAACGGUGUUUUUUAAAAACUGUAAAAGAUUAUUUUGCACAUAUUUAUACAAAGAAAACAUGGACACUAUUGCUUUAUCCACAAAAGACCUUUUGUAUUAAAAAAAGAAUUCAGUAAAGCUACAGAUGUAA